CGGCGCAUGCGCGGCCGUCUGGGCGCGCCCUCUGAGGGACUGAGCCGCUGCGGAAAGAGCGAGCGGGUCUUGAAUGGGGAGGCCGGGAUAUCUGCCCGAGGCCGUGCCUACCUGCUGCUCUCCACGAGAUGCCAAAGAGACGCAUGGAAGCAAAAUAGCACUGCUGUGUGUGCUUUAGCGCUGGAAAGCAAGCGUUCUGAAAAACCAAAAGCAGCCAAACAGCAUAAGUAGCCAUAGACAGCACAAGCCAAAUGGGAAGAUUUUCUAGCAAAAUUUGGAACUGGACUCUUUUAUGCGAUACACUCCGCCUUUCCUGAUUCCUUCCCUCCAUCCGCUUUAUUGUCCAGCUUUCUUUUAGCAUAGUUUAACCUUGUCUGUCUGUCACCUGUUAAGCUGGGUGUCAGUCUUUUUGUCGCCUGAAUGGACAGGGACACAUUUGCCUGCGCUACUAAGUUUUUCCGUGACUAUAGCAGCCCACCUCGCGGGGCAAGCUGUCAGCCCCAUGACCAUGUUGACUACAUCGAAAAGCCCGAAACAUUCACUUACGCAGACUUUUUCAAGGAUUACUUGAUUCCCAACGACCCCUGUGUUUUCUCAGCUAAAUUCACCGAAGGCUGGGGCAGCAGGAGGAAGUGGGUGACCCCAGAUGGAAAGCCAAACUUUGAUUAUUUGCUGCAGACAUUUGGGGAGGCUGUAGUCCCUGUUGCCAACUGUGAUGUCAAGGAAUACAAUUCUAACCCAAAGGAACACCUCAAACUCAAGGAGUACAUAAGCUAUUGGAAAGAACACAUUAAAAAAAAUUACCGCUCGCCCCGAGGGUGCCUUUACCUCAAGGACUGGCACCUGCACAGGGCUUUCCCAGAACAAGAUGUUUACACCAUCCCGAUCUACUUCUCUUCUGACUGGCUGAAUGAAUACUGGGACGCCAUAAAAGUGGAUGACUAUCGCUUUGUCUAUAUGGGACCCAAGGGCUCAUGGACUCCCUUCCAUGCAGAUGUCUUCCGCUCCUAUAGCUGGUCAGCCAAUAUCUGCGGGAAAAAGAAAUGGCUGAUCUUUCCCCCGGGACAAGAGGAGAACCUUCGAGACCGCCAUGGCCACUUGCCCUUUGACAUCACCGCACCUGAGCUGAAACAGAGCAACAUUUACCCUCGCUACGCCCAAAGCACUGCUCCUGUUGAGAUCCUCCAGGAAGCCGGGGAGAUCGUCUUCAUUCCCAGCGGGUGGCACCAUCAGGUUUACAAUCUGGAGGAUACCAUCUCCAUCAACCACAACUGGGUGAACGGGUGCAACGUAGCCAUCAUGUGGAGCUUCCUCCAAGAUGAACUCGCUGCCGUCCAACGGGAGAUCCGAGAGUGGAGAGAAACCAUGGAAGAUUGGCACCUGCAGUGUCAGGUGCUGAUGAAGUCUUACACAGGCAUUGACUACAAGGAGUUCUACAAUUUCCUGAAGAUCAUUGCAGAGAACCGGAUUUUCGUCCUCGAGAACCACCAUUCCGAGGAAGAUGCCUCCAAGCAUUCCUACCGAGCUGCCAUCUCCGGCCUGGGAAUGCUGCACGCGGUCUUCGAUUUGAAACGGACUGCAAAGGUGUUGACUUCCUUGAACGCCAACGAGGAUUUCAAGAAACUGAACCCGGAGGCUCUCACCCCGCCUCCUCAUGCUCUCCUCCACCGCCUGAAAGCAGCCAUAGAUACUGCCCUUCUCUAGCCCCCCCCUUUCCUUUCAACCAGUCGCAGGAAUUGCUGUUCUUGCAACCUGGGUGCAUGCUGAUUACGUCGACCUCCCCAUUUAGAAGCCUUAAAGCACAGGGAAUUUCCAGGGCGAGUGGGGAACACAGACGCAGAAGGGGCGAGGAAUUUACGUGGGAAAUUGGUCCUACCUGGGAAAGGACGUCCCUCCCCGCUGCAGCCCAGGUAGGCAUAGGGAAGGAUGCGAUCCAUUUGCUCACUGAGGAAUGACCUAUAUGUAGAAUGCAUUCUUUGCAGGUCUUCUCUGUUUUUGGUCAAAUGAGAGGAAUCUGGAGUCCCUGUUCUCUAGAGGGAGUAGUAGCAGGGCUUUUUUUUUUUUGUAACAGGAACUCCUUUGCAUAUUAGGCCCACACCCCCCUGAUGUAGCCAAUCCUCCAAGAGCCCUGUCAGAAGAGCCCUGUAAGCCCUUGGAGGAUUGGCUACAUCAGGGGUGCGUGGCCUAAUAUGCAAAGCAGCUCCUGCUCGAAUUCCAGCCCUGAGGCCACACCUCCCUGAUGUAGCCAAUCCUCCAAGAGGUUCCAGGGCUCUGGUACAGGGCCUACUCUAAGCUUCAGGAGGAUUGGCUGCAUCAGGGGUGCGGGGCCUAAUAUGCAAAGGAGUCCCUGCUAUAAAAAAAAAAAAAAAAGCCCUGAGUAGAAGCCUUUUUUUAACAUGUGGUUGGACUGUGAUUCUCCUUCCUCACACCUAACACUUAAUAGAGAAGUGUGUGUAUGUGUGUCUAUAUAUAUCUAUAUUUAUUAAGUGGUGGGGUUAUGCUUUGUAAUAGGAAGUCAUCUGCUGAAAAGGCCGUUAGGGGGCAGGUGGCUUGUGAGGAAAGGCUAGCCGGUGGCUAAUAGUCAGCUGUUCAUUGGCUCUCUCCAUACAGGGAGUGUGUCCGGUGUACCCCCCCUUUCAGGGCCUUGGAUCAGUGGAAGCUGAGAAAUGACCCCCUCCCCCCUCCACCAAUGAAGGGCAGCUGAAAUUUGGAGGCCACCCGCCCGAGGGUGAGCUGUGCCAAUUGCCACAGCACACUGACCUAGAAACCUUUCUGGAACUGCUUUGACAUUUUCAGUUAUUGCCUGGAAAAAAAAGACAGCUAGAAACACGGCAUAAAAAGAAACGAACAAGGAGACAGUAGCUUGUUAUCAAUGGCUCAGCUUGUAGCACAAUUACCUACAUGGACUUCAGGGAUAGAAAAUAACCCCUUUCUGGACUUGUUGCGUAGCAUCUUAAGCAAUUCAUCGCCGACGGCAGGCCUGCUUUCCAUACUCGCUCUGCUUUCUCGCUCGCUCUUCUCUCCCACGCGUUUCCGAACCAUUUCUGUGCCCUCAAUCAGUGUUACGAUGAUGUAUGAUGCCCUAGCAGCACCAGAAGCAUGCAAGAGAGUCUGGGUUUUUUUCUGCACGUUAUUUUGUCACUUGGGUGCCCAUGCUGUGGUUUUUUUCUUUGCCGCACGUGAUUUGCUUCCUCGAGUAGCCGUUUCGAUCUUUCACAAGCGUUUGUCUGGUUUAUUCCCCUUCCCUUUGUGCUGGGUAAAUAAACCAGAGGAAUGCCGGUGAACAACUAAAGUGACCCCUUUAGAGGGAGCACAAAAUAUGUGCAAAAAAGAAAACUGACAGAGUAUGGGGCACACUGCCAACUGAAGUAACAGGAGGAAAACCCUGCUUUUGAGAUUCCUACUUCAGCAUGGCCCGGUGAAGAGAGAGUUUUGAAGCAAAGGCCAACACAAGCCAAAAAGACCCCUAAAGGAGUUUGAUUGCGUUAUGAGAAAUGUGUGUUUCUCUGGAAAGCAAAGUAAGGAAUUAAGAGGAAACAAGGUGAAAUGGAAAGCUGACAUUUAGUACAUGCAAACUCCAUCUUUUUGCAGCAAUCAUGCUGUCUUUGGGAGUGGUGGUGGUGAGGGGUGUUUCAGAUAUUCCUGUCCCAUUAUUUUGGUUACCGAGCACAAUUUUUCAUGGCAUUUGUACAAGAAGAAGGGCUGGCAUGUGGGGAGGGGAAACUGCCCUUGCAGUUGGUAACAAAGAGAACUGAAGUUUCUGAGGCUUCUAAAUGGGGAGUUGGCAGGCUAGGACUUGUCACCCCUCACUAGAGCCCAUUAGACUUUCCACUCAACCCCCUAGUUUCAGGG